AUGUCAGAAGCCGCGCCUCGGUCGUCCUUCGUUGACGAAAAGGCCGAGCCCGAAUCAGGAUACGCCUCAGGGCAGUCCGACUACUCGGCCGAGGAGCCCUCGCGGCCAGAAGUCUCGCUGACAAAGGCCCACGUCGAAUACCUCAACAGGCAAAUGGAGCCCAUGCACCCCAUGGACAUUCUGCGCUUCUGCAAGAUCCUGUUCCCCAACCUGUUCCAGUCGACGGCGUUUGGCCUCACCGGCCUCGCCACCAUGGACAUGCUCUCCAGGAUCCAGGACGAGAACCCCGAGUCCAAGCCGGUCCAGCUCAUCUUCCUCGACACGCUGCACCACUUCAGGGAGACGCACGAGCUGCUGGACCGCGUAAGGGCCCGCUACCCCAACGUGCCCAUCAACGUCUUCAAGCCCGACGGCAUCGACACGGCGGAGCAGUUUGAGGCGACGUACGGCCGGGAGCUGUGGAACACGGCCGACGACAUGUACGACUGGAUCGUCAAGGUCGAGCCCCUCGAGCGCGCAUACCAGGAGCUCGGGGUCGCGGCGGUCCUCAACGGGCGCCGUCGCUCGCAGGGCGCCGCGCGCGGCUCCAUCCCCGUCAUCGAGCUCGACGAGGAGCGAGGCGUCAUCAAGAUCAACCCCAUGGCCACGUGGUCCUUUGCCCAGGUCAGCGACUACGUCAAGGAGCACAAGGUGCCCUACAACGCGCUCCUCGACCGCGGCUACAAGUCCGUCGGCGACUGGCACUCCACCUCGCCCGUCAAGGAGGGCGAGGACGAGCGCGCCGGCCGCUGGAAGGGCAAGUCCAAGACCGAGUGCGGCAUCCACAACAAGAAAUCCAGAUACGCCCAGUUCCUCGCCGAGACGGAAGAAAAGCAGCUCGCUACCGUCUCGUGA